UGGAAAUGCCUUUUGUACUAGACAAGACACUUGCUCAAACCACUCACACUGUCAUACGCUUUUCCUGAACAGAAGAAGAAACUUGACAAGAUAACAGAGAGGAGUAGAGUCAGCUGACUUGUUUAUAGAUAUUUGCAUGGCUGUCCAGCUCUUCCGUGUUUUACCUGUAAUACUUUCACUGGGGAAAAAAGCAUCUUUUUUAAUUCCUUUAAGCCACGGUGCUUCUCCUGGAAUGCACACUUUAAAAGGAAAUGAGUUAUCGGUGGAUUUUUGCACUAAUACUUUGGAUUACAGAUGCACAUGAUUCAAAGAAGGGAUGAUUUUCUGGAAUCAUUGAAUAUCAUCUUGGAGAAGCUUCUUUUCCAGCACUUUUGGUAUUUGGAUUAUCAGCAACUGUUUGAACUUUCAUAUUUUAAUUUAUAAUGGAUUUGGAUUUAAAAAAUCUUGCCAUCUGAUCCCUGUUCAGUUGAAGAAUAAUAUUCACUCCUAGAUUUUAAUGUGACAUCCCAGAAUGUCAUACAAUUAAUAAUGCUUUCUUUUCUUUUUUUCACCUUUCAUAAAACAGAAAGACAGUCUGGUCUUGCAGAGUUCACCAUAAACUUCAAGACCACACUUUAAUCAUCCAUGCUUACUGUUCUUCUUGUUAAAAAGUGAUGCUUAAGAAAUUAAUUUCUACACAUGCAUGUUAUUAAAGACUAUGUUAUGAAUGUGAACUUGUUUAUUUAUCACUACUAAUUUACCUCUUCCUCAGAAACAUGUAGUAUGCCUGGCAGAUCUUAAAAUGCAAAUAGCCUUUUACUAAUAGAAAUCUUUAAUUUAAUCCAUCAGAAAAAAAAAACUUUCACACCUGCUUUUUCCCCUCACUGUGCUACAACAGAACCAUUUUAAAACUCUGUAUCUUGGUGUUUGCACUUGGCAGCAGAACUAGUUUCUAUUUCUACCAAUCUGACAGUGUUAUUUAUUCUUUUAUCAUAAUGGCCAACUCACAGAUAAACACACUGGACGAUGACCACAUCAACAUGAAGCUGACUGAGUCAAGUCCCGAGUUCUAUUACUCUGAGGGGCAGCGUCUUGCUAUGGAGGCCCUACUAACAACUGGGACCACUGCUUUUUAUAACUGCCUCCAAGCAGAGAGAAUAAGGGAGUUUUUGGCAAAGGAAGAAAUAUCUCGCAUAGAGGCCUCUGUCGAGACCUACUGCCCUGUGCGCUACUUGGAUGGUGAAGCAGAAUCUGAUCAAGGACCAGAACACAGUUUAAGCUACUGGCCAGUGAAGUCAGACAGACCAACUCCAGUGUUAGAAAUUGGAUGGCCUGUUGAAAAUUCCUGGAAGGGGAUCACUCGUGUAACAGUGUACACCCACCCUCCUGGUGAAAAUGCUCCACACAUUAAAGAAAUAGUGAGGCGACUUAUUCAAAAUGCCACCCAGGUUAUUGCCAUAGUCAUGGAUACCUUCACAGACCCUGAUAUUUUCCAAGAUGUUGUCGAUGCAGCUUCUCGUCGCCGAGUCGCGGUGUACAUGCUACUUGCUGAGCAGAACCUUAGCUCUUUCCUUCAUAUGGCAGACAAGCAAGGGAUCAAACUGCUGUACACAGAGAAGAUGAGAGUUCGAGUAAUCGCUGGGUGUACCUUUUGCUCCAGGACGCUGAAGAAAGUGACUGGAACAGUAAAAGAGAAAUUCCUGUUGAUUGACAGUCAAUCGGUUGUUACAGGAACAUACAGUUUCACCUGGAGUGACAGUCGGCUGGACAGAAAUCUUGUUACACACUUAACUGGUCAAAUCGUGGACUCAUUUGACCAUGAGUUCAGGACCCUCUAUGCACUAUCAAGACCUCUUCUGAAUGCUGAUUUUCUUGCUGCUACUGAGCACUCCGGCAGUGUACCAAAGAUUGUUCUAUCGGGCCCAGUGCCAGCUACAGUAGCAGAACCUGGUCUGACUAUCGCUACUGUUGCACCUACUCGAAACACUGGCAGUGCAAAGUACCAGCUAGUACAAUCCAAUGGGUACUCAUCGCCACUGAAGUUCAGCACACCAGGGAAAACGCAGCCUGUUGACAUUCUUCCAUCUUCGCCAUAUAUCGCCAUUCAGCAUGAGGCUCCAAACUCAAAAGUCAUCAGUCUGAAUAAAGUAACUGAAAGGCGUGCAGUGCCUCCCCCUGCAGUCAAAAGUGGAGCACCUGUAGGUGCCUAUAUUAAACAAGCAAUGACUCCUUCCCAAAAUCAGGGCUAUCAACCACCAAUCAUAGUCAGAGAGACAUUCAAUCUGCCAGACUACUCUGCCAGACAUGGAGUUGUCACUUGCAGGAACUUUGAAGGUCCAGCUAGCCAGCUGCGUACCCCAGAAGUGCACAGUGCCUUGAGUGACAUUUUGAAGAAUGUUCAGAAGUCUAAGCUGUCUGUAGCAAAGACCACAGGUGCAAAAGCAAGUCGUUCACUCUGGGACCUAAGUAAGAUUUCUCAGAUGUCUGCUUCUAGUGAGGAAGAGGAGUACUCCAAUGGGGAUGUCUCCGACUCUGGAGAUGAUAAGCAGCCCAAGGCAAGGCACAAGCCAAAUGAUACCCCUGCCAAGACGUUGAUGAAACAUCGUUUUGCCACACAUAACAAUGAAGAAGUCAGGGUUCGAGUGGAACCAACUGUUUACCCUCCAAUGUACAAGCCUUCCUCCACUUUCUCAGCUCUGCGUCUGAAAGGACAGUUGUAUAACAGAAUAACCAGCUCCAUGAUGCCUCGGCCUUGGGGCAACAGCAGUGCACAAGAAAAUAAGAAGCAAAUUCAAAAGUAAUUUAAUGUGACAUUUGUCUGCAGAACUUGGAACACUUUUAUUGCAGAAUAGGCCAUUUCUGAGCUGAGCCAAAUUAUAAUUUGUACCCAACAAAGAUACUAUGUGUGGUGUUAUGUAAUGGGUAUAGAUUUACAUACUCUGGACUUAAGAUUCUAAUUACAUUAGUGUAAAUAUAUUUAUGGCUAAAAAGCUUAUGAAGGGCUAACUUAUUAUCUAGAAAAAAUGAUGUGCGAAUCUGGAAAGACUUGCAUGUGAUUAUGCAGAUUUUCUUUCAAGAUGAUGUGCAGGUCAUCUGGUUCACCUAGAUCUCAUUUACUUUCACCUGUAAGGUGUGACUAAAGGAAAACUUCAUUGCAGCCAAGAUGCUUCGUCUUGGCUUACCCAUGUUCAUGUCUUUACUCUAAAGACUGGAACUAGGCAAUAAUGUUAACACUAUUUAGUGUGCAAGUAUAUGGUUUAUUCAAUUUUUUUUCAUAGCAAACGAGAAAUGCAAUGUGAAAUAUGAGACUAAGGGGUGGUUAAAAUAAUGGCCUGAAGAACCUGUAACUAUAUUAGAAUUGUAAUUCUUAUUUGGAAUCUGUUGCUGUCCAGAAAUCUUUGUUGCUAAGACAAAGUCUUGUUAUGCACUGGGGAUUUAAAUAAUUUUAAAAUGUCUUUUGAGCACAGGCAAUAAUAAAAGCAAUACCUGAAGCACAAAAUGAA